AUGUCAGAUCAUGGUCUUCUUCAAAACUUCAAUUGCUAUUGUAGCUCAGACGGUGCGGCUGACAAUGGAGCUCUGAUGCGCCUUGCACCUGUACCACUGUUCUUCUAUCGACAUCCGAUUAUCGCUGUUGAAUAUUCUGGUAUUAGUGCUCGAAUCACUCAUGGAGAUAGAAAGGCUUAUGAUGCUUGUCGUUAUUAUGGAGCUCUCAUUAUAGCUGCUCUUCAUGGUGAAACCAAAGACUCUCUUCUUAAUGUUCAAAGUUCAAGUGCGACUUCUAAGAAUGUUGAUGAACCAGCUCAUACUCAUCGAUUUUCUGAUAUUGCUUCUGAACCACGACGAAUGCUUUCACCAAUUCAGGGUUAUGAGAACAAACCUCUAGUUUCACUAGAAGAAGUCAUCCGUCCUCUUAUUUCACUUGUUCCAGAUGUUGAACAAAUGGUUUGGAUUGCGCUAGAGAACUGUAAAAAUCCAAAGGAUGGUUUAACUACUGAUGAGUCAGCAUCUAUUAUGCUUUAUACAAUGGAAUGGCAACCGUACGAAAAAUCUUUCUAUGUUAUACUCAACGCUGCUCUACGAGCAGCCAAUCGUGAAUACUUAAAACCAUGGUUUUCAUAUCUUCGACUUAUUAUUCAUGCCCUUCAGAAACUUCCAUCAACUCAUCAUGUUGUCUAUCGAGGUGUCAAAUCAGAUUUUUCUACAGAGUAUUCUCGAGGAAGUAAAGUUAUUUGGUGGGGUUUCUCCUCAUGUACAGUGUCGAUUGAAACACUUAAUAAUGAACGUUUCUUGGGAAAAGAAGGCGCAAGAACUUUUUUUAGUAUUGAAUGUGAAUCAGGUAAAAAUAUUCGAUCACAUUCAUAUUAUGCUGAAGAAGACGAAGUUUUGUUACUUCCGGCUCGUUAUUUUGAAGUCAUUGGUUGUCUGAAUCAAGACAAUGGUCUUCAUAUUAUUCAACUGAGAGAAACACAACCGAAAUUCCCACUUAUUAAAUUCAAUACAUCAUAA